CAACACAAUUUUUACUCAAUCUAACCGUCUAACAUUUUUUCUUAUCAUUCUAUCUAGUUUCUCUCGUGAUCUGUCGUCUCUCUUAAUUUUGCACUAUUUUCUUUUUUCUUGUUCAUUUAAUCAAAAUUUCGAAAUAAAUAAAUUAAAAUUUUUAAAAUUAAUUAAAACAAGUUUUGAAAAUUGUUUCUUUGUUUAAUAUUUUCUUUGAUUUUAUUUUUUACUUUUAAAUAAAAAAUAAAAAUUAAAUAAAAUAGCAAAAACACUUUUAAACAUUACAUAAAAAUAAAUGUAAAUAUAAUUACACAAUUUAUUCACUUCUUUUAUUUUAAAUAGACUUUCUUAUCAUUUUUCCUUUAAAUAUUGAUUAUAAUCAACAAAAAUAUAUAUUUUUAUUUGUAUCUUAAUUUUAAAUAUUUUUUUCAGACAAAUUUAUUUUUUUUAACACAAAUUAUUUAUUAACAUUUUUAAAAAUGGUAGAAGAGAAUUUUUUGACAACGCUGAAAAUUUUGACUAUUGGUGAAAGUGGUGUAGGCAAAUCGAGUUUAAUUUCUCGUUUUGUGGACGACAAAUUUGACCCAGAAAUGGCUGCAACAAUUGGAGUAGAUUUUCGCAUUCGGACAAUUACAAUUGACGAUAAACUUGUUAAAUUAGCAAUUUGGGAUACUGCUGGACAGGAACGCUUUCGGACAUUGACUCCGAGCUAUUAUAGAGGAGGUCAAGGUAUUAUUUUGGUUUAUGAUGUGUCUAGCCGAGCGUCUUUUGAAAGUCUCGAGCAUUGGCUCUUAGAAGUUGACACUUAUUGCACACGGGCAGAUGCUAUUAAAAUGCUUGUUGGAAAUAAAAUUGACGAGGAUGUUCGUGUUGUAACCAGAGAUGAAGGUGCUCAAUUUGCUCGUCGGCACAGAAUGCUUUUUAUUGAGGCAAGUGCUAAGACUCGUGAGGGUGUUCAAUGUGCUUUUGAAGAGCUUGUUCAAAAGAUUCUUCAAUCACCCGGACUUUGGGAAUCUAAUUUGGCAAUGCGGAGGCGACUUCAAUUGAAAAAUGGGGAUUACGAGUCGAGCGGCUGGUGUGGGUGCUAG